GGAAAGAAAUGGCGGGAAAGCAGCAAUGUAGCACGCCAUUUUUGGCGCCAAACGCGCAGAAAAAUCCCACCUUUCUUCUUCUUUGUUCCCCCUUCCUUCGCCUCCACCCACCGGACCGGGAGAAGCGGGCGGCGAUGCAGAUCCGAGUGCGGUGCGGGUGCGGCGAGGCGUCGUGCCCGGAGUGGGCGGUGGUGGAGGUGCAGGGCGUGGUGCAGCCGCAGCCGUCCUUCUCCGGCCGCAUCCAGGGCCUCCACAUCGGCCGCCUCUGCGCCGCCGCCUCCCCGUCUUCCAAGGCGGCGUUCACCUUCACCGUGGGGUACCAUGAGCUUGCCGGCACCAAGGUGACGCUCAAGAAGCCUCUCCUGGUGCUGAGGAAGCAGAAGACGUCGACGACGACGGCGGAGACGGAGCUGGAGGUGAUCGGCGUCAUCCGGCACAAGAUCCUCUUCAAGGACAGGCCCAAGGCACUCAUCUCAAAGCCGCAGGUGAAGGAGAAGAAGACACUGCCGGCGCCGCCACCUCCAGCAUCCUAGCAGCUGACGCCGAUGCAGCUAAGAUCAAUCAAAACGCUGCCUUUGCCUUUGCUGCUGCCGCUGCUGCUGCUGCUGCUGUAGUUUUAGGAUGAAGUGAAGAACUAACUAGUCAUGGUUGUUCGUGUUCUUGGGGUUAUCACUGGAUUAGCCCUUUGUGAUUGUUCUUGCUCUCUGCAAUCAGUUUUUGAGGCGCAUCAAUGACAAAUCUUCCUCUUUUUUAUUUUUUGCGAGGAUAAUAGUAUCAAAUGACAAGACUGCUACACGAAUACACGAUAAUUAUUUUCACCUGAUGCAGCCUGACAAUUCCAAGAUCUAAUCCGAUAUGGCGCUCUCUUGUUUAUCUUAAUGUUUGCUCUAUUAUUUAUGUUAAUGUUGCUCCCUCUAUUUCAAAUUAUAAGAUUUGA